AUGUCUUCCCAGGCCUGUGAUGAUCAGGAGGUAGCUGAUCCAGUGGAGGUCGGGAGUACUGGUUCCGCUAAACGGAAAAUUGUCAUGCCUGUCGACUCCAGUGAAAAUAGUGAAAGAGCCUUCUACUGGUAUGUUGAUAACAUGUUUCGUGACGGAGACGGCUUAUUUCUUAUUCACGUUGUUGAACCCUCAAUGGCCGGAGUUAACUAUGGAGCAGCUAGCAAGUCACCGGCACUUAGCGAAGAGAUCAGUCGGCACGUCGCUCAGCUGAUUGAUACAGGCAAGGAAUUAGGAAGAAAAUAUAUUGAAUUUUGCAGAAAUCGACAAGUCCCGGUGAAAUUCACUCUUCACAUUGGCACUAAACCUGGCCAGCAAAUUGUACGGAUUGCAGAGGAACUUGGCGCCCAUAUGGUUAUUGUUGGCAAUCGAGGCAUAGGAACGCUUCGACGCACCUUUCUUGGCAGCGUUAGCGAUCACAUUCUUCACCAUGUCUCUAUGCCAGUGAUAGUGGUUCCACCUCUGAAGGACGCCAAAAAGAAGUAG